AGAAAUCCGAGAGUGACGAAGCUACGGAACGCGUCGAUGAGCACAGCACGACGGAGGCCAGCGUGACGAAAGACACAAGGACCCGAAAGCCCCUGGACUCGCAAGAGGUCCAAACUACGCUCCUGAGGGGCAAGUAUCCUUCAGGAACUACAACGCCUGCUCCUGGCGUGAUAAUCGGUCAUUUCCCUGACGGUUCUGAAGGAAACGAAGAUGAAGAAGAAAAUAUUUUCACCGACACUCUGGAUGUCACUCCUGCCGUUUCUGGCUUCAAACGAGCUUUCGACUUGCGGGUACAGGACAAGUGUUGGCAGUACGACGAAGAGCCCGAACCACCUGUCUUGAAAGUUAUCGGCGGAUUCGGCACUCGCGUCAACGAAUAUCCUUGGCAGGUGAGAUACAUGAUGGACCGGCCGCUGACUGAGAACCGCCUGGACGCUGUGUCUUACCCGCUGUGCAGCGCCGGCGGGUCGCAGGGCGCUUGUCUGUUCGGCGUCGAGUGUCAGCUUCAAGGCGGCCGCUUCGCUGGGUACUGCGGUGGCUCCGACCGAGUCUGCUGCAUGGUGGACAAAACGUGCUGGGCGACUACGAGCGCUCAUUCAGUCACGUUCCAGAAUCCGUCUUUUCCGAAGCCCAACGAAGAGGCCGUCUUGUGUCCCCUCACUGUGGAACUUGGACGGGCGGUCUGCGCGGCUAAUACGACGCCCACCUACUCGGGCGUGCGCAACGAAGACGCGGUCUUGUACAACCCUCCUCCUGAACCUGCAGUAGAUAAACCUACAAUCAUACUCAGAAACGACAGCAAAACAAAUGAGACUGAGACUACGACCUUUAACCCCGUCGUCAGGGACGAUGAGGGAGAGGGUGGCCCCACUACUACCGCUCCGAGAGCAGACGAGGGAGAGAAAGAUGACGAUGAAGGAGAGAAAUCCGAGAGUGACGAAGCUACGGAACGCGUCGAUGAGCACAACACGACGGAGGCCAGCGUGGCGAAACACACAAGGACCCCCAAGCCCCUGGACAUGCAAGAGGUCCAAACUACGCUCCUGAGGGGCAAGUAUCCUUCAGGAACUACAACGCCUGCUCCUGGAGUGAUUAUCAGUCAUUUUCCUGACGGUUCUGAAGGGAACGAAGAUGAAGAAGAAAAUAUUUUCAACGACACUCUGGAUGUCACUCCUGCCGUUUCUGGCUUCAAGCGAGCUUUCGAGUUGCGGGUACAGGACAAGUGUUGGCAGUACGACGAAGAGCCCGAACCACCUGUCUUGAAAGUCGUAGGCGGAUUCGGCACUCGCGUCAACGAAUAUCCUUGGCAGGUCGCGCUGGUGUACAACAAAAAGUUCUUCUGUGGCGGCUCGCUCAUCAGCGACCGGUUUGUGCUCACGGCUGCCCAUUGCGUCUUUGGGUCAUUCAAGAAAGGAAUUGAUGCACUCCGGGUUAGCUUAGGCGAUCACGACUUAAAGACCAAGAACGAGACGUUCAACGUUGUAUCCCGCGUCAAGAGAGUCAUCUGGCACCUACACUAUUCCCCCCACAUCAACGUCAACGACAUCGCAAUCUUCGAACUCAGCGAGCCCGUCACUUUCAACUACAGCAUCAGUGCCGUCAAGCUGCCCCUGGACACUGACUUGGAAUUUUGUAGAGGAGAUUCAGGGGGACCUUUAGUGGCAUGCAACUUCAACUCCUGCACCCAGGUGGGUGUGGUGAGUUUCGGGUUCCCGCUCUGCACGAACGUCGGCCUCCCCGCAGUGUUCACGCGCCUCACCUACUACCGCCCCUGGCUUGAUAGUAACAUGGCGUCGCUCAGUACCAUACCGGUCUAGCUUCUGCUAAGCCGGUACUUUAGCUUCUACUAAACCGGUUCUUUAGCUUCUGCUAAGCCGGUACUUUAGCUUCUGCUAAACCGGUAUUUUAGCUUCUACUAAACCGGUACUUUAGCUUCUGCUAAACCGGUAUUUUAGCUUCUGCUAAACCGGUAAUACUCUGUACUAGAUCAGGGAAAUCUAAUUGAAUUUCAAGAGAAAAUUUAAAUAAGUAAGGGUACGGAUAAUCGUGUUGUCUAACUAUUGUAGUGUGAUAUAAAUUUUAAUCGCAUUAAUUAAGGCUCAUUUGGAACUCUCGUAUUAGGUAAACAUUUGGAAACAAGAAAAGUAUCAUAUUAAAACUAAAUUGAGAGGUUUAUUAGAAAAUUUUCUUUGUCAGUUGAUUGAAUUUUUAUUCUCAGUCUUAGUUCUAGAACUGACCUCACGCUAGCUUGGGAUUUGCCGCAAGAGAUUAGAAUAUCAAAACGUCGAGUUUAAGAAAAUAUCAAAGUAUAUAAUAAAUUUCUUUCGUGAGCGACCUAUCAUCUCAAUUUAAAAACGUUUUAGGAAUUCCUAAUAUCUGAAGAAGCACAAAUUAUUUGCGUCAGAAACAUAUACUUCUGUAUAUAUUUCUGAAAUAUAUACAUAGGCGUAAUUCAUACUUGGUAUUUGACACUGCGUGGGGCUGCUUACAUGCCGCGUCCCAGCCAUAGUUUCCACGAUUCACUCCUCACACAAAUAAUUGAAUAAAAUAUCUUCUGACUAGAUUAUGAAUAAAAUUUUCAGAAAAAAUAGGGCUUUGGAUAUUUGCCAGAUGUGCAUAGCCUGAUUCUGGCUGACCCUUUGUUGUGCAAGGACCUGCAUAUCUGUGACGGAUCAUAAUGAAAUGCCCAAUCAUUAAUGUCGUUCGUUUGCUUGAAUGAAAAAUUCUAGAAAUUUAUUUAGAAAA